AAAGCGUUACAACUCCUUGUCUGACCGUCACUUUGCUUUUGCCGUUGUCUCACCUUGUUCAUUGUUCAGCACAGGGGAUUGAUUGGGUAACACAGAAUGACGUCUCUCACAGUCUGCAUUUUCCUGAUAUUUGCAAGUUUGGCAAAUGCUGGAAUGGAUCAAUUUUUGCGAGAUUCAUUGUACUCAAUUAAUAGUAUGAGAGACGACGGGGCACUAACCCUCAGUGAAAGUCCGCACAGCACGUAUAAAAUGGUGACUGUGGAAAAAUGGAAAAAUUCAGAAAUUCAGAAAUGGAUAGUGGAAGAUUUUCAAUCAAUUGGGAGAUAUCAUUUUACACCAUUAAUCCACAACACGACGACGAAUGUUGUAACAUAUCAGUUCACAAAGAACGUCUACACGUACAAACGACAAUGGAAGGUUAACAUUAUAACCACGCAGCGUUACCAAAUUCAAAAUCCGGAAUCUGGCUUAUGUUUGACGAACAUGGGAUUACACAAGCAAGUUGAUGAACACGACUGUGACCCAAGUUAUCCAGUGUCGCAAGUUUGGAAGUUCAGAAUGUUACAGAAAUAAUAAUUAGUUUUAUUUGUUCAAAACUAUUUUACAACGGUUAUAUAGUAUUAAAAUAAAUAGCUCUUGUUAUGUUUUCAAUAAAUAAUUACAUAAAAUAAAA